UCAAAUUUGCAAGUCAGUUGAAACUCGUUGCCGCGUAAACAUUUCGGCUGUUUGUUCCUGGUUGAAAAAAAAUAAAUAAUAAUUAAAAUAAAAAUGGGCAAAAUUGUAUUGUAUGGGAUAGAAGCCAGUCCACCAGUCCGUAGUGUAUUAUUGACACUGAAAGCAUUGGAUUUACCAUAUGAAUUUAUAAAUGUCGAUUUGUUUGCUAAAGCCAAUAAAUCGGAGGAAUUUCUGAAAAUUAACCCAGGCGGUACAGUACCGGCUUUAUUGGAUGAUGGUCAGGCGAUUUUGGAUUCACAUGCUAUUAUCGCAUACUUAGCAAGCAAAUAUGGCAAAGAUGAUUCUCUCUAUCCCAAAGAUCUGGUGAAACGUUCAGUUGUCGAUCACCGUUUAUACUUUGAGGCUAGUAUGGCCUUUGAGCGCGCACUACGUGGAACAACAAAACCUAUUAUCUUCGAUAAUGAAACUAAUGUGCCACAGCAAAAAAUCGACAAUAUAACUGAAGUGUAUGGUAUAGUGAACAAAUUCCUACAGGAUCAUCCUUAUGUUGCCGGCGACAACUUGACCAUUGCAGACUUAUCACUGAUAGCAUCGAUCUCCUCAAUGCAUGCUUAUAUAGAUAGCGAUGCCACUAAGUAUCCCAAUUUGGUUGCAUGGAUUAAGCGCUUGGAGAAGUUACCUUACUAUGAGAAAGCGAACGGCAACGGAGUUAAGCAGUUUAUCGAAUUGAUUAAGUCGAAAAAUAUAACCAUCAAUUUAGACAUCUCGAUUUACAUACUUGCUCGAGGUAAUAAAUCGGAGGAAUAUCAGGCGAUUUUGGAUUCACCUGCUAUUAUCGCAUACUYAACAACCAAAUAUGAUAAAGAUGAUUCGCACUAUCCUAAAGAUCUGGUGAAACGUUCAGUUGUCGAUCACGGCUUAUACUUUGAGGCCAGUAUGGCCUUUGAGCGUGACCUACGCGGAACMACAAAACCUAUAAUCUUCGAUAAUGAAACUAAUGUGCCACAGCAAAAAAUCGACAAUAUGGUUGAGGUUUAUGGUAUAGUGAACAAAUUCUUACAGUAUCAUCCUUAUGAUGCCGGCGAAAACUUGACCAUUGYGGAUUUUUCACUGAUAACAUCGAUCUCCUCAAUAAAUCCACACGAAACAUUUACGAAAACCUGUAACCAGAAGAAAAUGGGAAAACUAGUGUUGUAUGGCGUGGAGCCAAGCCCACCAGUGCGCGCUGUGAAAAUGACCCUGGCAGCGCUGGGUCUACAAUACGAAUACAAAUUAGUCAAACUACUUGAUGGWGAGCACAAAACGGCAGAAUUUAUGCGGAAGAAUCCRCAGCAUACUGUACCUUUGCUGGAGGAUGAUGGUCAAUACCUCUGGGACUCGCAUGCAAUUAUGGCAUAUCUGGUACGUCGCUACGCUAAAGACGAURCACUUUAUCCGAAGGACUUCAUCCAACGCGCCAUUGUCGAUCAGCGUCUACAUUUUGAAACGGGAGUUUUGUUCCAAGGCUGUUUACGCAACAUAGCAUUGCCUCUCUUCUAUGRCAACGCUAUCGAAGUGCCACGCGCUAAAAUUGAUGCAAUUUAUGAGGCAUACGACUUUCUGGAGGUCUUUCUCGCUGACCAACCCUACCUGUGCGGACCGACCAUCACUCUAGCCGACUUUAGUAACAUCUCGACCGUUACCAGUUUCGCUGGGUUGGCGCCCAUCGAUGCGGCUAAGUAUCCGAAAUUGAAAGCUUGGGUCGCUCGCAUGRGCCAAAUACCGAACUAUAAUCAAUCGAAUGGUUAUGGCGCACAAAUGCUUGUAGAUAUGUUUAAGGAGAAAAUCCAAAGGAUUGUAUAAAGAUUGUGUUACAAAAGAGAAUGUGAUAAUGAUAUAAUUGUGAUUUUAAGUGAAAUAAAAUGAAAUGUUAAGCGUAUGAAA